AUGACUAGUUUAGAGUUUAUAAUGGACAUGUCCGACAUGUCCCAUGAAGAGGACUCUACCCAGAUAGAUAAGAACGAGGACGGCUCCAUUCAACCCGGGCCAUCUAAAAGUCAAGAUCCUUCCCGUGCGGCAACGUCGAGCCAUGCAAAGCCAAAAGAUCAAGACGAUAGACUAACUCCAGCCCCAACUAGACGGCACGGCCCUUCAGGACGUUCAUCCAAAUCUACAGCUACCGCGUCGUCCCCGUCAACCUCGUCAGCACGACCGGCGUCCGUGAGUAGGCGGAGCACUACUAGUUCUGAGUCGAUGGAUCCCGGUGGAUACGGAGGCCACGCCCAAAGCUCGUCAUCCGGAGGAGGUAUGCCGCCGUCUAUGCCAUCGAGACCAAUGGGUAACGCUCCAGGGGAAGGGAGCCUCCCGGUCAAGUUGACCCCUAUUACCAGGCGUGUUAGCAGAGCGAAGAAGGGUGUACCGGUUCAUACAUGCGAUAUAUGUAAACCACCUAAGACAUUUACGAGGGCAGAACACCUUAGGCGCCACCAACUGAGUCAUGGGAAUCCUAGAUAUCCGUGCACAUUCCCUAACUGCGACAAGGCUUUUCACAGAGCUGACUUGCUUGCGCGUCACGCACAGAGACACGACCAAGAUGAUAAGGCGUCAAGGGGUACGGGCGAAGAUGCUAGCCGACCGACGUCUGCAGAAGGGCCACCUGGGAUGAGCUACAUGACCCAUGGCUCUUCGUCGAUGGGUGGCGUCUCUGGCGCUCGACAGGCAAUGGCUGACCCGUCCGAUAUGUCGUCGGGCGCGGCCUACACGACUAGCCUAUCUCCAUACCAGUCUAUGAGCAACCAAGGUAGCGGCAGUGGCCAGCAUACAAGUCGGGGUGAGAGUUACCAAACCUCCAAUCCCCCUUCUGGAGGUCAUAGUUAUGUGUUGUCUUCUAUUAUCAGUAACCCGCCCCCGAGUAUCGGGGGAUCUCCAGUCACAGGUACUCCUUUCGAGAUAGGCUUCACACCUCGCACCUCAUCUCCAUUCCCCAUCUACAUGGACACCACAACGGGCUUGUCCCAGAAUUUGCCUAGCUUGACAAUACCUGACAACAGUAUGCCUCCAGGUCUUGUCCACCAUGGUCACGACGGCUCUCCUUGGCCGUCAUCUGCUUCGGAGAGCAACUACUCCACCCCCUCGGAAAUUAGCCACAGGCGAAAUAACAUGCCGCGGGGGUACGAGUCGCCAACAUCGGACUGGCCUGGCACUGGCCUCUACUCUGGAACCUCUCAUAGCAUACACAGCCCUGGUGGUGGGAUUGAUAUCGCCACCACGGCACCUUUCUUUGGGACACCCUUCUCCCCGACGGCGCCAGCGCUCGAUCAAUCAAUGAUGCCGCUAUCGUUCUCAGACGAUCCAUCUUUCGUCGAGAACCCGCACCAAUACAACCCCUACUCUUCAGUUCGUAGUCCGACCCCACCGACCAUCUCACUGUCCGCUCAACCGGCUGAAAAUCUAGUCACCCUUGCAGCCCCAUCCAUUCCCGGCGCUGCCUCGACGGGUCGGCAGAAGGGAACACAGCUCCUGGGACCACUCGGGGGCACAACCUUUCUAACCGCCAAUAACCUGUCACCGCACGUCCGGAAUGCCAUCCCGAGAUACAUCGACCUGUACUGGAAGCGCUUCGACCCUCUCUUUCCAUUAGUCCACCGCAAGAGCGCUAAAACUGCUGCUGACGAGGUCCUGCGCUGCGCCAUGGCCGCCGUUGGUACGCAGUUUCUUCAGAGCAAGGAGGAUCGUAUCCGAGGCAACGAAUUGCAUGAAUUUGCUUGGAAGGAGGUCAAGACCUGUACGCAAUGGAACCUCCAAGUCAUGCAAGCGAUCCUCCUUUGCGAGCUCUACUCGCGGUUCCGCGGACGAAGUGUAUCGAGAAGCUCGUCGGAGCCCUUCCAGUCAUUAUACUCUCGGGAUCAUCUCUUUAGUAAUUUCCUAUCUUCUCCUGUUGGCCAAUGGUAUCCAUACUCAACGUCUUCUUCCUUACAGAUGGCCGAUCACCAAAUGCCGGACGGUUUACUUUUUUCAGCCUCAACGCGACAUGACCGAUGGAACGAAUGGAUUAGUAACGAGUCACGACGGAGACUCUUGGCCGCUUGUUUUGUUUUGGAUGUCCAUGCAUCCGUGUAUUAUCAGCAACACCUAAUGAAACCAUUUCCUAUGUCGACGACACCCUCUAUCCCCCUAAUUAGACCAACCGAAGACCUCUGGGCCGCCCAAUCGUCGGAAUCGUGGGAAGUUCUCCUCGAGUCGUGGUCCACCAACACCGAACCAACCAACCUAUCUGGCGAGACUACUGCGGAACAAGUAGCUGACGCGCCAUACCUUGACCAAACUGUAUUUUUAGCUUCGGAAGCGCUCCGGCUACCCAAAAGACCUAGCCCUUCCAUAUUGGACCUCAAAGCAGAAGUAGACGAGACUUCUACCGAGCGAAUCACCAGGCUAUUUCCGGGAUCUUCCGUUGGGAACACCUAUUUGGCCUUGCAUUUUACGCCUCUCCACGACCUGCUCGCAGUCAGCGGCGAAACCUGGCUCUUCACGAAGAAGGUGGCGACCUCUCAAGUCUUUCAACAGCACAAGAGGCGCCUCCAACACUGGUGCAACACCCUCCACGCCGGUGUCGCCGUCCGGUUUGCGGCCAAGGCACUCCUGGCCUUCGUUGACUGCAGCAAUCACAAUGUACUGAACGCAACCGUCAUUUCGAAUCUCGAGGAAGAGGAGGGCCGGGACGGGAGUUGGCACAUGUUGGACAUCUCGGACUAUUGGGGGAUGUACGUGUGCGCGCUCAUCUGCUGGGCGCUCGGACAACGCGCGAUGGCCAGAGGUAGCACCAACGCCGGCUCUGACCUCGCCUCCUCUUACCACCAACACCAGCACCAACACCAACACCACAAUAACCACUCUAAUGCUAAUUCCGGAGAAAAGGGAGAGCGGGAGGCCGUGAGGUGGCUCAAGAUGGUGGCCGAAUUAAGCUCGGAAAAUGCGCUGAACGUGCGCGGCCGGAAGGAGACCAUGGCGAUCGUUAGCAUGGUUAGGAGGAGGCUCGAGGACGAGGCCGUCGGGAGCAAGAACCGCCUGCUCGUCGACGCUACUCGGACGCUGAAGAACCUCGAGGAACGCGGCAAUCACAAGUGGUUCUAA